GGUCGUCUUACUGACGGCUGGUAUGAAAUUGGCUUUUUGCCGGAUCCCUUCCUCUGUCAGGCAAUUCGAAAUGGUCGCCUUCGAGUUGGAACCAAGGUGAUGACUGCCGGCUCAGAUUUAAUUAAUGAUCCAACUAUGGCUACUAGAUGUCCUGGAAAUCAAUGGGAAUCGGAAUCUUUCAUGUCCAGCUUUGGACGGAAGUGCAUUUUCGAUCACCUAUUGGGCGCUGCCGAGGAGGGAGUCUGCCUGCGCAUUCACGGCAACUCAACUCGUAGAGUCCAUCCCAACUCACGCCUUGGUUUUUUCACAUUUAUCAGUUCUUUUAACCUGGCCCAUUUGCCAUCUGUCCCUCUUUCUAGUCUUUCUCCUUCUGGGGGAUCAGUGUCUAAAAUCACCGUUCUAAUUCAAGCGGUUAUCAGAUCCGCUCAGUUGAUUUUCACCGGCAGGGUUGAGCCUGAUCUAAAUUCACCACGUUUUUUCAUGUUCGUUGCUACUAUAGUUCUCAUUUAA